CAUGGAAACUUCCAUUUUGAAUUUUGAUAGAUAAACGUCAAUAUUUAAGGUUAACUUAAGUAAAGCUGCUUAAAAGAUUAGUAUAGAACAUUUCGGCAGUCUAAGGGGUGAGGUUCCUGAAUUUGUCCCAAAUGACCAAAAAUCGUUUUCGAGACGGUUCUCCAUUAAAUUCAAUUUCAUUUAAAUAACUAGGAAUUACAUAAACUCCAUACAUUCGAAUUUUCAAUUAAAACCCAUCCGGGGUUUUCCCACGAAUAUAUCAAUUAAACUCACCCUUUAAAGGUUAUAAAUACAUUUAAAUAAUUCUCUAUGGCAUACAUAAAUUUUGAUUGGAAUCAAUAUUAAUGGAAUAGCGUGCGAGAGGAAAAUGCACGACGGAAAUCGGCGACCCGAUCACAGUUUGAAACGGCGCGGAAUUGAGUAAAAUGCAAGAGUAAAAGAGAAAGGUUCGAUAUUAUUGCGUAUAAGAGCGAGUUGGUUAUGCGAUUACAGCGGUUCUAAAAAUGUUCAACCCCCUAAUGUUUACAGAAGGGGAAUGUCGAGGACAAAGAUGGCUGCUACUCUGAAAGAGGGUAGGCGUCGAACACGCACACACUGACACAAACAGUGGGGGACAGCAAACCUGUUACCUAACAUUAGGUGUUCAUUGAUUCGCGGCCGUUUUUAAGAAAACGAGUGUAAGACCGUGUUAAAAAAAAGAAAAAAACGUCGGGAAAAUUAUGGCUACCGAGGAAGUUAGUGGUGGUGAAUGUGGUGAUACCGAUUUAAAGGAAAAUGAUGAAACUCAGACGAGAAGGAGGAAAUUUGUUGAGUGUGCUCAAGAUACUUUCGAGCAAGCAUCGGAAUUAAUAAAACGAAAAAUUCCUUGUGCCAGACACUUUUUGGCACCGAAAAGGCUAUGGCUUAAAAGGGUUUCGACUCCAAAUUGCGAUGUAGUCGUUGUUUUUCCGCCAAACACCGAGGAUUCUUCGUUACUUUGGUUGUUAUCGAAACUUCGCCAAUCACCAGGAUUAACUGUACACGUGAGACAUCACGCUAGUACACAAAGUAGUGCUUUUUAUCUUACAGCACCUUUUAAUAU